CGGUGGUAUUAUCGUCAUGUGGAGAUAUGCAGCUCAUAUACCCGCUUUGAGCGGAAAGAGUGCAUAAUUACCAAGAGAAGAUCUGCACAGCCCCUCUAGCAACAAAGGAAAUGCUGAUCUUCGGGAGGGAAUUUGUGAUUCUGCUGGCUUUAUACUACGUCGUCCUGUGCUUAGCAACAGUUGACGGACUGCGUUUUCGAUUGCGUUCUCGACUUCGGCAGCGAUUGGCACGCCGCCGUGGUUGGGAUGACCAUGAAGACGACCUUCCCCCGUACCCACAGCAACGGCGAUGGCCUUCAAGACAUAUUACGGAAGCCCCGGAACGUGGUGGUGGUGGUGGUGGUGAAAGGGAACGUGGUUGGCACGGUCGCCAUAAAGACGACCAACAGCCACCGUCUUCAAGACCGAAAGGAGGGCACCCAGUGUUCUGCUACUGGAACGCCCAGUCAUCCGAUCGACCGAAGGAUUACACUUUUGACAAGAUUCCAGCAGGGCUAUGUAGUCAUGUGGUCUAUGCGGACGAAGACAUGGAUAAGCGAGGUCAAACAUUUGGCACGCACUCCCUGAGUUUAGAAACUCGAACCCAAAUAGCAGAGCUCAAAACGAAGAAUCGCAAAUUGUUGCUUCUUCUUCGACUCGGCAACAGCGUCAGAAACCAGCGGCUCUUCUGUAGAGGGUUCCCGAAUGCACAUAGGAAAGCGGCUUCAGAUCUUCUCCUCUGGCUGCGGAAGUACGACUUCGACGGCGUAGACAUCAACAUCUCUUGUCGGAACCUGCGAGGAUCUCGAGCGCUUGCGCGUAUUCUUCAAGAACUCAAUGCCGCGUUUGUCCGGAAGAAAAGGACGAUUGUCUUUACUGUGGAACUGCGCGGAAACUCCGAAGACAGUGAUGAAGAUGAUGAUUCUGACGAAACUUACGGGGACGAUAGCGACAACGACAUCUCGUCGGAAUUGCUCGAUUUAGUACGGCAUGUGGAUUAUCUCAACGUUCAGUACCGUCUUGGAGAUGCCAGGGAGCUCCACAACGAAUGGAAAAAUUUUGAGAAUGAGCUUCGCGAACUUGCCGAUGACGGAGUGGAUAAGGAAAAAAUGAUCAUCCAACUCCCCUUCUUUGGUCGCACUUUCCACUUAUCCGGCGUUGUUCCCCAAGAGCCGUGGUUCACGUUGGACCGUCUGCGAAACUACCCCCCGUUGUACGGUGCCAAUACACUUCCAUAUGCAGAGAUUUGCAAGAGACUUGGAAAGGGAUGGACACGGAAAUGGGACAAAAAAGCUCUUCGUCCAUACGCUUUCACAGGCACACAACUCGCAGUUUAUGAGGACAGUGAGAGUAUCAGUGCUAAGCUGGAGAGAAUUAAACGGUAUGGCUACGCCGGGGUCAGCAUAUGGACUGUAGACAUGGACGACAGAGCGGGAAGUUGUGGAAGGAGGAACGACCUCGUGAAAACAGUCCAGGAGCAGCUGAACGGCAUGAGAAUUGGCACUGCUGCGCCGGCAACCACGUCAGUAUCUUCCACUAAGGCACCAAAGCCUCUCAAACGCCGAUCGACACCUGUUAUGACACCGCCCGAAGAUCUCAGUCCAUCAGAUAUAGAUGCUACAUCUUCUGCCUCAGGCGCGACGAAGGACACAAGUUCAACGACAAGAGAGGCCUCCAUGCCUGCCCUUUUCAGUACUCAUGACGCAUCGACCUUAGGCGCACCUACAACAUCUACCAAAAAACCUAGCACGCAAGCAAAAGAUAUCAGUUCAUCGGAUAUAGAUGCUACAUCUUCUGCCUCAGGCGCGACAAAAGACACAAGUUCAACGACAAGAGAGGCCUCCAUGCCUGCCCUUUUCACUACUCCUGAUGCAUUGACCUUAGGUGUAUCUACGACAUCAGCCAAAAAACCUAGCACGCAAGCAAAAGAUCUCAGUCCAUCAGAUAUAGAUGCUACAUCUUCUGCCUCAGGCGCGACGAAGGACACAAGUUCAAUGACAAGAGAGACCUCCAUGCCUGCCCUUUUCACUACUCCUGAUGCAUUGACCUUAGGUGUAUCUACGACAUCAGCCAAAAAACCUAGCACGCAAGCAAAAGAUCUCAGUCCAUCAGAUAUAGAUGCUACAUCUUCUGCCUCAGGCGCGACGAAGGACACAAGUUCAACGACAACAGAGACCUCCAUGCCUGCCCUUUUCACUACUCCUGAUGCAUUGACCUUAGGUGUAUCUACGACAUCAGCCAAAAAACCUAGCACGCAAGCAACAGAUCUCAGUCCAUCAGAUAUAGAUGCUACAUCUUCUGCCUCAGGCGCGACGAAGGACACAAGUUCAACGACAACAGAGACCUCCAUGCCUGCCCUUUUCACUACUCCUGAUGCAUUGACCUUCGGUGUAUCUACGACAUCAGCCAAAAAACCUAGCACGCAAGCAACAGAUCUCAGUCCAUCAGAUAUAGAUGCUACAUCUUCUGCCUCAGGCGCGACGAAGGACACAAGUUCAACGACAACAGAGACCUCCAUGCCUGCCCUUUUCACUACUCCUGAUGCAUUGACCUUAGGUGUAUCUACGACAUCAGCCAAAAAACCUAGCACGCAAGCAACAGAUCUCAGUCCAUCAGAUAUAGAUGCUACAUCUUCUGUCUCAGGCGCGACGAAGGACACAAGUUCAACGACAACAGAGACCUCCAUGCCUGCCCUUUUCACUACUCCUGAUGCAUUGACCUUAGGUGUAUCUACGACAUCAGCCAAAAAACCUAGCACGCAAGCAACAGAUCUCAGUCCAUCAGAUAUAGAUGCUACAUCUUCUGCCUCAGGCGCGACGAAGGACACAAGUUCAACGACAACAGAGACCUCCAUGCCUGCCCUUUUCACUACUCCUGAUGCAUUGACCUUCGGUGUAUCUACGACAUCAGCCAAAAAACCUAGCACGCAAGCAACAGAUCUCAGUCCAUCAGAUAUAGAUGCUACAUCUUCUGCCUCAGGCGCGACGAAGGACACAAGUUCAACGACAACAGAGACCUCCAUGCCUGCCCUUUUCACUACUCCUGAUGCAUCGACCCUAGGUGUACCGACGACAUCUACCAAAAAACCUAGCACGCAAGCAAAAGAUCUCAGUCCAUUUGAUGUAGAUGCUACAUCUUCUGCCUCAGGCGCGACGAAGGACACAAGUUCAACGACAACAGAGACCUCCAUGCCUGCCCUUUUCACUACUCCUGAUGCAUUGACCUUAGGUGUAUCUACGACAUCAGCCAAAAAACCUAGCACGCAAGCAACAGAUCUCAGUCCAUCAGAUAUAGAUGCUACAUCUUCUGCCUCAGGCGCGACGAAGGACACAAGUUCAACGACAACAGAGACCUCCAUGCCUGCCCUUUUCACUACUCCUGAUGCAUUGACCUUCGGUGUAUCUACGACAUCAGCCAAAAAACCUAGCACGCAAGCAACAGAUCUCAGUCCAUCAGAUAUAGAUGCUACAUCUUCUGCCUCAGGCGCGACGAAGGACACAAGUUCAACGACAACAGAGACCUCCAUGUCUGCCCUUUUCACUACUCCUGAUGCAUUGACCUUAGGUGUAUCUACGACAUCAGCCAAAAAACCUAGCACGCAAGCAACAGAUCUCAGUCCAUCAGAUAUAGAUGCUACAUCUUCUGCCUCAGGCGCGACGAAGGACACAAGUUCAACGACAACAGAGACCUCCAUGCCUGCACUUUUCACUACUCCUGAUGCAUUGACCUUAGGUGUAUCUACGACAUCAGCCAAAAAACCUAGCACGCAAGCAACAGAUCUCAGUCCAUCAGAUAUAGAUGCUACAUCUUCUGCCUCAGGCGCGACGAAGGACACAAGUUCGACGACAACAGAGACCUCCAUGCCUGCCCUUUUCAGUACUCCUGAUGCAUCGACCCUAGGUGUACCGACGACAUCUACCAAAAAACCUAGCACGCAAGCAAAAGAUCUCAGUCCAUUUGAUGUAGAUGCUACAUCUUCUACCUCAGGCGCGAGGAAGGACACAAGUUCAACGACAAGAGAGACCUCCAUGCCUGCCCUUUCCAGUACUCCUGAUGCAUCGACCUUAGGUGUACCGACGACAUCUAUCAAAAAACCUAGCACGCAAGCAAAAGAUCUCAGUCCAUUUGAUAUAGAUGCUACAUCUUCUGCCUCAGGCGCGAUAGAAGACACAAGUUCAACGACAAGAGAGGCCUCCAUACCUGCCCUUUUCAGUACUCCUGAUGCAUCAACCUUCGGUGUACCUACGACAUCUACCAAAAAACCUAGCACGCAUGCAAAAGAUCCCAGUCCAUUUGAUAUAGAUGCUACAUCUUCUGCCUCAGGCGCGAUAGAAGACACAAGUUCAACGACAAGAGAGGCCUCCAUGCCUGCCCUUUUCAGUACUCCUGAUGCAUCAACCUUCGGUGUACCUACGACAUCUACCAAAAAACCUAGCACGCAUGCAAAAGAUCCCAGUCCAUUUGAUAUAGAUGCUACAUCUUCUGCCUCAGGCGCGACAGAAGACACAAGUUCAACGACAAGAGAGGCCUCCAUACCUGCCCUUUUCAGUACUCCUGAUGCAUCAACCUUCGGUGUACCUACGACAUCUACCAAAAAACCUAGCACGCAUGCAAAAGAUCCCAGUCCAUUUGAUAUAGAUGCUACAUCUUCUGCCUCAGGCGCGAUAGAAGACACAAGUUCAACGACAAGUGAGGCCUCCAUGCCUGCCCUUUUCAGUACUCCUGAUGCAUCAACCUUCGGUGUACCUACGACAUCUACCAAAAAACCUAGCACGCAUGCAAAAGAUCCCAGUCCAUUUGAUAUAGAUGCUACAUCUUCUGCCUCAGGCGCGAUAGAAGACACAAGUUCAACGACAAGAGAGGCCUCCAUGCCUGCCCUUUUCAGUACUCCUGAUGCAUCAACCUUCGGUGUACCUACGACAUCUACCAAAAAACCUAGCACGCAAGCAAAAGAUCUCAGUCCAUUUGAUAUAGAUGCUACAUCUUCUGCCUCAGGCGCGACAGAAGACACAAGUUCAACGACAAGAGAGGCCUCCAUACCUGCCCUUUUCAGUACUCCUGAUGCAUCAACCUUCGGUGUACCUACGACAUCUACCAAAAAACCUAGCACGCAUGCAAAAGAUCCCAGUCCAUUUGAUAUAGAUGCUACAUCUUCUGCCUCAGGCGCGAUAGAAGACACAAGUUCAACGACAAGAGAGGCCUCCAUGCCUGCCCUUUUCAGUACUCCUGAUGCAUCAACCUUCGGUGUACCUACGACAUCUACCAAAAAACCUAGCACGCAUGCAAAAGAUCCCAGUCCAUUUGAUAUAGAUGCUACAUCUUCUGCCUCAGGCGCGAUAGAAGACACAAGUUCAACGACAAGAGAGGCCUCCAUGCCUGCCCUUUUCAGUACUCCUGAUGCAUCAACCUUCGGUGUACCUACGACAUUUACCAAAAAACCUAGCACGCAUGCAAAAGAUCCCAGUCCAUUUGAUAUAGAUGCUACAUCUUCUGCCUCAGGCGCGAUGAAGGACACACGUUCUACGACAAGCGAGGCCUCCAUGCCUGCCCUUUUCAGUACUCCUGACGCAUCGACCUUAGGCGCACCUACAACAUCUACCAAAAAACCUAGCACGCAAGCAAAAGAUCUCAGUUCAUCAGAUAUAGAUGCUACAUCUUCUGCCUCAGACGCGACGAAGGACGCAGGUUCAACGACCGGAGAGAGCUCCACUCCUGCCUACUUCAGUACUUCUACUUCAUCGACCCUCGGCGUACCUACAUCUACCAAAAAACCUGUCACACAAGCAAGCGAUAUCAGUCCACCAGAUAUAGAUGCUACGUCUUCUGCCUCAGGCGCGACGAAGGACACAAAUUCAAGGACUGGAGGGAGCUCCAUGACUGCCUUUUUCAGCAGUCCUGCAGCAUCUACCAAAAAACCUAGCACGCAAGUCAAUGAUCUGAGCCCGUCAGACAUAGAUGCAACAACGUCUGCCCUCGGCUUGCGCACGAGCACAACGAUUGCAGAGGGUUUCAGGUCUAUCUCUUCAGCAGCUACUGCCGCAACUACCUUCGGUGUUCCUACAAUGUCUACCAAAACACCUAGCAUGCAUCAUGAACCCAUGCAUGUGCCAGACGUAGGCGACACAGCAUCUCACGCCUCGAGUGCCAUGGAGGUGACAACAUCAUCCCGAGUAGAACAGUCCACUGACUUUUCGACAGUUGAAAUUUCGGGAACGGCUUCUAGAGCAUUUAAUACAGAUCAGCGUGCUCCCUCAGAAACCACAAGCGAAGCCACUCCCCCAACACCUAAUUUUGACCUGACAACAGGUACAACCCAUGGAGGGCCAGAUAGAUUCCAUGGACUUCCGUCAGGCACCAUCACCUCUCUGUCGCAAUCGUCGACGAAUCAAGUCGAUAUGUUUACACGAGCGGGUGGCGUACCGACUGUAGACACAUCGCCUUCCGAACCAAGAACUGCCGAUCAUAGUACUGCGUCAUCAAAAUCUCCGCAGCAUAUCACGAGUACUAAACCGGACACCAGCGACAGACUUCCGUACGACACUAGUGGGCACAGCUCCAGGUAUCCGGUUACUGAGUCGUCUUCUACGACGUCUGAGGCCGGCACAACUAACAAGCAUAAUCUAGGAAUUCUCGCUCCUCACAGUCAAGCGUGUAAAAAUACGAAGGCUAUGCUGGUACCACAUGAAGAUGACUGCACCAAGUUUUAUUACUGCCAGGGAGGUCUGGCAUACCGUCACGACUGCCCCGGUGAUAGCGUUUUCGACACCAAGUUGCUCGUGUGCAACUGGCGCGACAGUGCCGAUAGAGAAGAAUGUAGGACGAAGCAGACACCAGCAAGUACAAUGUUCUAAUGUUGGAAUAAAGCUUGUAUAUCCA